GACUUCUCCACCUUCAUUCACAGAAACCCGCUGAUCCUCAUGGAGUUCUACGCGCCGUGGUGUGCACACUGCCAAGAUCUGGCCCCAAAGUUGAGAGAGGCAGCUGCAAUCAUGGAUGGGAUGGAUCUUCCUGCCCGAGUCGUCUUUGCCAAGUAUGAUGACAGCAAUGAGUACAACAGGAGACUGCGUGCUGGUGCUCCGGAAGUCUACGAUUUCCAAUCAUACCCCGCGCUGUACGUGUUUCGUGACGGAAAGCAUGAAAGAUAUCUUGGGGGACGAGAGACGCAUGAGAUCGUAUCGUACAUG